GUGAGGUAGUCUCGGCCGCCCCCUCUGCAGUGCCGCUGUCAGCCCGCGCGAGAGACCAGCAGACCGUGUUGUGAAAAGCCUUGCUAUCAUCGGUGGAGCUUUUUUAAGAGGACAGUUAUCAUUUAUCGUAUCCUUAUGGGUGAAUUUUUGCACUGAUUGGGUUAGACUUACUGUUAAACUGCCACAGAAAUCAUGACAACAUUCCUGGAAGCUGCUGUAACUUUCACCUCUCUGUUAGAAAGAUUGUAUCGAUAGCGCGCCUAGACAUUAAGUAUCGCAGUGCACGCGUUUAGUUGUUUAGUUCGCAGAGUUGAAGCUUAUCGUUAACUGUCACUGGAAUCAUGAAAAUAUGCUUCAAUAACUACCACUACAGUUUCUUAGCAGUGUUGUAGUGACGAGACUUUAAGAUAUUCAGGAUUGUAGUGCCCGCGUGUUUAGUUUGCAGAAUCGCAACAUCUCGUCUCGCUAUUCGGAGUGCCAUAAUGGAAGUGAGCGUGUGUCAACAAUGGUUCUCUUACACUCUUACAAUCCUUUACUUAUUUCCUGCCUCGUAGAAAACUUAGUGUGUGUAGUUAGAGGAAGAAGUUUACUUAGAUGUGAGUGAAGAGCAGAUACAUGUGAACGCCAGAACGGAUUGAGUAUAAGACAAGUUUUCGUGUACUUUUUUCCCCCGUAGGGUGCUUAAUGAGUGUGAUUAAAAGAACACUACUUAAAUGUGACUGAGGGAAAAGGUAACAUAUGGGAACAAUAACAUUAAAUGACAGGUUUUUGCGUAUUCUUCAUGUAAUUUUAAGAGAAACGCUGCACUCGAAACUAUAUUAGUGAAAAAAAAAAAAAAACUGCGUGCCGUAAUGUGAACACCAAACGAAGAGGAGAUAUUUACUUGUUAUUUAACUGAGCAAUAAGGAAGCGUCUUGAAAUUAAAAGAAAUAUAUCAAUGUGAGGAAAACCAAAGAAAAAAUCAGUACACAAAAAAUCUUGCUUUAGCAGUGAACAUGUGAAAAAUAAAUAGUGAACAGAUUGAAUAGAAGUUUUGUAUAAUUUUCCUGUAACACUAAGUAACAUCAUAUUGUACUACUGAGACUGUACUUUUGUUAGCGUGUGUAACUAGAACAACUAAUAGUGACAACAACUAUAAAAGGAACACCAAUACAAAUAAACACAGACUGCUUUCUAAAUCCCUUUCAUUUGACACACAACAAGCAAGACACGAGAAAGAAAAAGGAAAAAUACACGAAAGUUACGUAAAAGAACAAACAUCAUACAUAAUUUCAUAAACCAUUUCUCGACACGUAAAAAAAACACCAGCUUAGCAAGAAAAAAAAGAAGAAAAGAAAAAGAAAAAAAAUCACGUGAAGAGUUUUGUGUAUCCCUGUAAUCUACCGUCAAGCAAAGUGGCAUUAAUGAAAAACUUCGUGAACGUAAACCAAAGACACAAACACAGCCCCCACCAUCUCUCCCCACACACACACACACAGAAGCACGCAAAUUUCCCUAAACUGUUCCUGUAAUCUUAGUCGAAGCCAAGAGACAUCAUCACGACAAACACAGGACAAGGAGACAAGUGAGAGCAGUGUAUCUUUCUCUCCCUCUCGUGGCGUGCGCUCGAGUCCCCAGCGUAACAGCAACACAAGACAAGUGACGGGAGACCCCAACGUGACGUGCCUACCCUUCAUUACAUUGAUGAGCGACGGCCACACCAAGGAAGACACGAGUACCACCACCUCAACCCGCCAGAAGGUCGUCCCCAGGCUGUAUAUGAGCCGGGAAGACGACUUUUCUUACUCCACCAUUCCCUGAUCGACUCCGUGUUACAGCCAAGAAGGACCACCGAACACAAUGUGCUGGCUACUGCGCCUCCGUCUGCUGCUGCUGCUGCUACUCCUGCGGCUCUCCGUGUGUCUGGAGGAGAGGGAGGGCGAGGAGGGCAGCGGCGCCGAGGAGCAGCCACACUUUCUGCAUGACCAACUCACCCUCAACGUGUCCGUCCAGCUGGGCUCCACCGCACACCUGCACUGCCGCCUGGCUGGCAUCACCGAACAGUCUGUGUCGUGGUACCGCAAGACAGGUGACGAGAUUCAGCUCAUCACCUUCGAUUUCCAGACCUACCACAAUGACGACAGGUUCGCUCUCAACUUCGAGCAGCCAAACGACUGGCGCCUGAGGAUCCGUUUCGUGCAGCGCCGUGACGAGGGCAGCUACCAGUGCCAGGUGUCCACGCACCCGCCUCUCAUCCGCACCAUCCACCUGCAGGUCGUGGAGGCAACCAUUCAGAUUUUGGACGAGCGCGGCGUGGAGCUGCGGGAGAAGUUUUACCGGGAAGGGUCAACGAUUGAGCUGCAAUGUCUGGUGGCUGACGUGCCUACCGCCACGGCCCUGCAGCUCGCCUGGUACCACCACCAGCAUAGACUCAACUACGACGAUCCCCGCGGCGGAGUCAGCCUCAAGACGGAGCUGCGCGGGUCCGUGGCUCGCUCGUGGCUGCGCGUGACCCAGGCAGGGCGUCGGGACUCCGGCAUUUACUACUGCAAUGUGACCAACCUCGCCGCCGCCAGUGUGACCAUCCACGUGGUGCCUGACGAGUAUCCAGCGGCCAUCCAGCGCGCAGCAAGUGUCUCAGCAAGCGGCGUCAUCCUGCUCGCUACCCUGCUGGCCUCGCUCACCGCCACAAUGCUCCCCACCGCUCCUCCGCCCCACAGAUAGCACCGAGGGACAAGAUACAACGCUUCCUGCUGGGGCUAAGAUAUGACGGCCCUCCAAUCCACCACAAGGGGAGGUGAUGGGAAUGAAAGGGAAUACCAGCAGGGGUGUGGCAGCUCCUACUCACACGGUCUUUGCCAGCGUGAACCAUACUUGAAGGGCCAUAUUCUGAAACGCUUCCAUGCCGCACACCGAUCUCAAAGGCUCUAGUUAAAAGUUAUACGCGUUUUUAAUGGUUUUUACCUUUCUAAUGACAGACUGAUGAUAUUACAACAUUAACAAAAGACAAACACGUAAAAUUUUGACAAAUCUCCUCUGUGACCUUUGAAAAUAGUCGUGGUGAGAGAAGGCGUUUCAGAGUACGGGCCUUGUUCUUCUGUGGAAAAGGUGUAACGCACGGGCCACCAGCACCUCGCCCAGCGGCACUCCAUACAGGGACAGCCGUGAAUGUGAUGUGCUCUACUUAAGUGUAUUUGUUGUCGGCUUGAUUCAAUGUUUCGUUCGUUCACCCCCGUUCGUUCUGGUUCAUUUGAUGUGUACUGAAUAGCUAUGUUUAUCAAUAAAGUACGUACUGUUUGCAAA